ACUUGAAAACGAAACUGAUCUUAAUAGGCAUCAUGCGAUGAAAAUAAACAUUCACUUCAUAUCGACAUGGCCUUCAGAGUUAAUAUAAAGAACAUUCCGACCACUGGCGCUGGUGAAACCACCUCCAAACAGCUUUGGAACAGUCAGCUAAUGGGGAAGCCGGCAUCGCACGCGCUCGCAGAGGACGAUGCAGGCAGGAUGAAACAUUACCGUCGCGCCAUCCUCAGAGCCGCACAAAAGACUCAAAUUGACCCCGCCGUCAUCGCAGCCAUCAUCUCCCGAGAGACCCGAGGGGGGAGCUACUUACAGCCGGACGGAUGGAACAGUCAAGGAGCUGCAUUCGGGAUCAUGCAGGUCCACAGGAUGAACAGCCCGAGAGGUGGGAAGGACAGUGAGGAACAUAUCACCCAGGCUUGCAGCCUCCUUGCUGACUUCAUCGAGGACAUGAACCCCUCCUGGUCUCCUGAACAACGCUAUAAAGGCGGAAUCGCUGCGUAUAACUGCGGCCCUGCAAAGGUCACCUCUACAGAUGUGGACCGCAACACUGAGGAUGGUGACUACGCCAAUGAUGUGGUGGCCCGAGUUCAGUGGUACAAACUCCAUGGUUAUUAGAGAAGAGGAUCCCUCACUCGCUCCUAUGUCCUACUGUUCCCGUGUCCCGACUGUAAUCACGUCCUGCUGAUCCCUGCAUCCCAAUUGUACCCACAUCCUGCUGGUCCCACUCACCCCACAUCCUGCUGGUCCCCAUGUCCUGCUCAAUCCAGCAUCAUUGGUCACUUGUAAGCAGGGAUUCACAUAACCCUAUGAAUUUAGCUGGGCUGAACACUGCUCUAGCUUUAGACUGAAUAAACAUAUUUACUUCAUUAA